GAAAAAAAGAAAGAAAGAAAGAAAGAAAGACAGACUCCACCAACAGUAAGGAACGGAAUCCAACUACCGGGGAGAGAGAGAGUUUUUUUUCUUCUCUUUUUUCUUUCUUUUCAUUUUUUUUUUCCCCUGGUCAUCAUCUCAGAGGCUGAGAAAGGGAAGAGAAAGGAGAGCGAGAGAAAGAGAAGCCUUGUGCAAAUAAUAAUCAUUAUAAUUAGAAUCUGGUUUGUUUCUCCUUAAAAAAAAAGAAAAGAAAAAGAAAAAAAAAAAAAGCCCUAAAGGCAGCUCCUCGUCCCCCCUCCCUCGCCGAGCCCCCUGACUCGCUCUGCAAAGGCAUGGAGAAGGGGACUAACUGCUUUCCGACCUGCCACACCGUUUUUCUCGCCUGGACAUGGCUCGUACUCCUCUCUUGGUGUUGCACCGGCGCCGAAAUAACUUGCCGAUCCUGCUCGCCUCCGUCGCCCUCCUGGCCGUCCUCCUCGGCUCGCCUUAGGCAGGAGCAGCGACAGCCAGCGCCGCCGCCGCCGCGAGGAUUACGGAGCUGGCCGGGCGGCAGGGCGCGGGGCUCGGCCGAGGCGACGGCCGCCGCGGAGCCGCUGCCGGGCAGGGAGCCGGGGGUUCGCGCGGGGCCGCGGGGAGCGGCGCUCCGCUCGGCGGGGGUGGGCGGCGGUGCGCCCGGGGGCCGGGGCCCGGCGGCGCCACGGACCCGGCGGAACAGCGAGGGGCGCCGGGCGCUGCCGGCGGGCGGCGGCCGGGGGUUGCCCGCCGCCGAGGGGCAGCGCGGUGGCCGAGCUCAGCCCCAUGGGCCGUUGGAGGAGGGCAGAACGGCGAGGCUGCGAGGGGCAGAGGAGCUGAGGCUGAGCAGCACCACCUUCCCGCUCACUGGGGAUGCGGCGCACAACCAAGCCAUGGUGCACUGGUCCGGACACAACAGCAGCGUGAUUCUCAUUCUGACAAAGCUCUACGACUUCAACCUGGGGAGUGUUACAGAGAGCUCGCUGUGGAGGUCAACAGACUAUGGCACUACCUAUGAAAAGCUCAAUGACAAAGUAGGGCUGAAGACUGUGCUGAGCUACCUUUAUGUCAGUCCCACGAACAAGAGGAAGAUUAUGCUUCUUAGUGAUCCAGAGAUUGAGAGCAGCAUCCUUAUCAGCUCUGAUGAAGGCGCUACCUACCAGAAGUACCGUCUGAACUUCUAUAUACAGAGCUUGCUCUUCCACCCUAAGCAGGAGGAGUGGAUCUUGGCCUACAGUCUGGACCAAAAGCUAUACAGCUCCAUGGACUUUGGGAGAAAGUGGCAGCUUAUACACGAACGGGUCACUCCAAACAGGUUUUAUUGGUCAGUGAGUGGUUUGGACAAAGAGCCUGACUUUGUGCACAUGGAAGCCCAGACACCUGAUGGAUACACUCACUAUCUGACCUGUCGGAUCCAAGAGUGCUCGGAGACCAAAAGGAGUAGACCAUUUUCACGAUCCAUUGACAUCAGCUCCCUUGUUGUUCAGGAUGAAUAUAUCUUCAUCCAGGUGACAGCUGGUGGAAGAGCAAAUUACUACGUGUCAUACAGACGGGAGCCUUUUGCACAGAUUAAAUUGCCCAAAUACUCUCUUCCUAAGGACAUGCAUAUUAUCAGCACAGAUGAGAAUCAGGUGUUUGCAGCUGUCCAAGAGUGGAACCAGAAUGACACAUACAAUCUGUAUAUCUCAGACACCCGAGGAGUGUACUUCACCCUGGCCUUGGAAAAUGUGAAAAGCAGCCGAGGAUUGGAGGGGAAUAUCAUCAUUGACCUUUAUGAGGUAGCAGGGAUCAAAGGCAUAUUCCUGGCUAAUAGGAGGGUAGAUGACCAAAUCAAGACUUUCAUUACCUACAACAAGGGCAGAGACUGGCGUUUGCUGCAGGCACCAGACACCAAUCUAAGAGGAGAUCCUGUAGUUUGCCAGCUGCCAUUUUGCUCAUUGCACUUACAUCUGCAACUCUCAGAGAAUCCGUAUACUUCAGGAAGCAUUUCCAGCAAAGAGACAGCUCCUGGUCUGCUGGUGGCAACAGGCAAUAUUGGGUCUGAGCUUUCCUACACUGAUGUUGGUGUGUUCAUCUCUUCUGAUGGUGGGAAUUCCUGGAGACAGAUCUUCGAUGAGGAAUACCAUGUGUGGUUUCUAGACUGGGGAGGGGCUCUGGUAGCCAUGAAGCACACAUCAGUGCCCAUCCGACACAUGUGGGUAAGUUUUGAUGAGGGAAGAUCCUGGAGUAAAUACAGUUUCACAUCAACACCACUCUUCGUGGAUGGAUCCCUUGUAGACCCUGGCAUAGAGACUCAGAUAAUGACAGUUUUUGGGCACUUCAGUCUCCGUUCUGAAUGGCAGCUGGUCAAGGUGGACUACAAGUCUCUCUUCAGCCGAAGGUGUAACAAAGAUGACUACCAAACCUGGCACCUACACAAUCAGGGGGAGCCUUGUGUCAUGGGAGAGAGGAAGAUCUAUAAAAAACGCAAGCCUGGAGCCCAGUGUUCCCUGGGUCGGGACUAUUCACAAACUGUGGUCUCUGAACCAUGUAUCUGUGGUCAAGGGGACUUUGAGUGUGACUAUGGGUACGAGAGGCACAGCAACAACCACUGUGUCCCAGCCUUCUGGUUCAGCCCAUCCUCCUUGUCCAAGGAUUGCAGCAUUGGUCAGAGCUACUUAAACAGCACUGGGUACCGAAGGAUUGUGUCUAACAACUGCACAGAUGGCUUACGAGAGAAGUACAAGGCCAAAAUGGAGAAGUGCCCUGGAAAAGCACCUCGGGGACUGCACAUCCUCACCACUGAUGGAAAGUUGGUCACGGAGCAGGGGCACAAUGCCACUUUCAUCAUCGUUAUGGAAGAGGGUGAUCUCCAGAGGACCAACAUUCAGCUUGAUUUUGGAGAUGGCAUUGCAGUAUCCUAUGCUAAUUUCAGCCCUGUUGAGGAUGGCAUCCGGCACGUGUACAAGAGUGCUGGAAUCUUCCAGGUGACUGCAUAUGCGGAGAACAGCCUGGGCUCUGAUACUGCUGUCCUCUUCCUGCAUGUGGUCUGCCCAGUGGAGCACGUCCAUCUGAGUGUCCCCUUUGUUGCCAUCAGAAAUAAGGAUGUCAACAUCACUGCAGUAGUUUGGCCCAGCCAGGCAGGCACACUCACCUACUUCUGGUGGUUUGGUAACAGCACCAAGCCCCUUAUCACCUUGGAGAGCAGCAUCUCAUAUGUCUUCUCUGUGGAGGGGAUGAACACUGUCACUGUGCAAGUUGCUGCAGGCAACACUCUCAUCCAAGACACCAAGGAGAUUGCAGUGCAUGAGUAUUUUCAAUCUCAGCUCCUGUCAUUUUCUCCCAACUUGGACUACCAUAACCCUGACAUCCCUGAAUGGAGACAAGACGUUGGCAAAGUCAUCAAGAGAGCUCUAGCACAGGUGACUGGUAUUCCUGAUGAGCAGAUCUUGGUGGCUGUAUUUCCUGGGCUGCCGACUUCCGCUGAGCUCUUCAUACUGCCCCACAAAAACACAACAGAGAGGAGGAAAAGCAGUGAGGCUGAUCUGGAGCAAGUGGUAGAAAUCCUUUUUAAUGCUCUCAACCAGAACCUGGUCCAGUUCGAACUCAAGCCUGGAGUUGAAGUCAUUGUGUAUGUUACUCAGUUAACAUUAGCACCCCUUGUGGAUUCCAGCACGGGCCAUAGCAGUUCGGCGAUGCUGAUGUUGCUGUCUGUGGUGUUUGUAGGCUUGGCCGUUUUUUUAAUCUACAAAUUCAAGAGGAAAAUACCUUGGAUUAACAUCUAUGCCCAAGUUCAGCAUGACAAGGAGCAGGAAAUGAUUGGCUCUGUCAGCCAAAGUGAAAACGCCCCCAAAAUCACUCUGAGCGAGUUCACAGAUCCUGAGGAGAUGAUGGACAAAGAGCUGGACACACGAGUGAUGGGAAGCAUCUCAACAAUUGCCAACAGUGAAAGCACAAAGGAAAUCCCCAACUGCACUAGUGUUUAAUACUGAGAAUUCACUUGGUCCACAAGAUUUAUGACUUUUUAUUUGUAAUUAUUAUUGUUAUUAUUAUUAUUAUUAUGGAAAAAAAAAAGAAAAGAGUUAUAUGUCAUUAUUAUCAUUUGGGAGGGGCUGGGGUGGGCUUUUUCUUUUUACCAAGGGCUGCAUUCAUAAAUAGCAGGGGUUCUUCAUAACUAGGAUGUACUCCUCAGUUUAGAAGGAAGGAGUGAAUUAAGUGUGCAGUAGAAUUUGAAUGCCAGCCUCCUGUUAAAUCCACAGUGAGAAUUAGUAUUCAAAUCCAACAGGUAGGCACAGUACCUUAGGUGACAUGUUGUAGGGAAAUUGUCCCUUUUCAGCCCCUUUCAAAGUAGCUGACGAGUCAGCUGCUUCAUCCUGCCAGACAGCUCAGGCUGGGCUGUUGGACCCGGACCAGGCUCUAAGCCAUGCCAAGAGACUUCGUUUUCCAUUGGCAUGUGUGUCUCAGCCUUUUGCGGGAUCUUGCCACUUCUAAUUGCUUUUCAUUUCAGUCACCCUCUGGCGCUGUUGACUGCUGGGAAAGGGAAAAAACCAACCUAUAAAUAAUCAGAGUAAACACUCAUGUCAGUGUGCCUCACACUGCAGAGCGGCCGAAGGGGAGAGCACCACCAGCCAUGAAGGCGCAUGCCUGAGUUUAUGAAUGCAGCCCAAAACCUGUGCAUGUGAAUAGCAAGGAUGCUGAAGGCCUACUGUAGAUAAUGACAAUGUACAUAGCUUUUUAUUUCUUGGGAAAUCAUUUAAUGUUUAGUAAGAGAAAACGAUGUUUGAAAUGAAACCUGAACCACAUACACACACGCACGCGUGCUCGGACACGCCAGCCAGGGAGUGUGGGUGAGCACUUGAAUCACACUUUGGUUCCAAGUGGGUUCCAGUUGUCUGUCCUAUUUCAAUCUGACACUGCUGUCUAUAAAUACAGCAUCUUUUAUUUCUCUGUGUGUAGCUACAAGCAUUUGUGUUGGGUUUGGUUUUCUUUUAAUAUAUAGAGUAUCAUUUUCUAUGACAGAGCAGAAAAAGAUAUUAACAGGGCAGACUAUAAGACUACAUUCAUCUUAACCAUCUACUCACCUCUGUCGCUGCUGUCUGCUUCUGAGAAGGGUCUUGGUGACAUCCAUUAGGUCUGCUGGUGACAGGAUAUGCACGUCUCAAGGCGGGGAGAAGUGUCCUAGCACAGGAGCUGGCAGGGCUUACUGAAAGAGCUUUUUAACCUAGAUUUGAAGGGGGAAGGGCACACAAGCAGGCUUGCUAGCAAUAACCCCGAGGGCAGCACACCAGUAGUUGAAGGAUGGUGUGCUCACAAGGUCUGUUGGUCUGCUCUUUUAGUGGAGGUAGAAAUGGCAACUCACAUGGCACAUAGGGUUAAUGGUGAAUUAUCAACUGCAGGAGUACCUUGGAACAGGCAGGUAGGAUUUAGAACUUCUGCCUACAAAAAGGUGGCAAGAUCUUUAGAUCAGCUGAAGUGCUGAUCAAUGCAUGAAAUAUGUGUGACAGGAGGAGCUGGAAGCCAUUGUGCAUCAGGAAAGCUAUGGUAUAGCUGCCAUUGCAUAAAGGUGGUGGGAAGUCUCACAUCUCUGGAGAGCUGCCAUCAGUGGCUACAAACUUUUUCAGAAGAGACAGGAAAGGAAGGAGAGGUGCUGGAGUGGUCCUGUGUGUCAGGACAUCUUUUGAUUGUGUGAGGUUAAUAAUGGUGAUGAUAGGGUUGAGUGUUUAUGGGUCAGAAACAGGGUGAAGGUCAACGAGGCAGGUGUCCUAGUGGGAGUCUGUUAUAGACCACCCAAUCAGGAUGGCGAGACAGGUAAAAUACUCUUUAGAAUCUGUGAGAUCUCAUGAUCACUGGACCUUGUUUUCAUGGGGGGACUUCAUCUUCCCUGAGAUCUCCUAGGAAUGUAAAGCAGCAGAGAGGAAGCAGUCCUGAAGGUUCCUAGGCUAGAACACAGUUGGUGAUGGAGCCAACUAGGCAGGCACCCUGCUGGACAGAGAAGGACUUAUGGUUAUGUAACAACUGGGGGCCAUCUUGGACACAGUGAUUGUAAAAUGAUAGUUCUCAAUCAUUGGAGAAGUACAGAGGAGGGUCAGCAGAGCUGCCACCUCCAACUUCCAGCAGACAGACUUUGGCCAGUUUCAGAGACUGGUCUACAGAGUCCCUUGGGAGGCAGACCUGAGGCCAAGGACUCCAAAAAGCCCAGAUGUUGCUCAUGAGGCUAUCCUCAUGUGCCCAAAGAAGAGUCAGUGGGGAAGGCAGCUGUGUCCUGGCUGAAUACAGAUAGUUGUUUGCAGCUUAGGGAGAAAGGAAGAGUCUGUGGUGGUUGGAAGACAUGGAAGGUCAUUCAUAGAAUCAGUGAGGUUGGAAGAGACCUCCAAGAUCAUCCAGUCCAACCUAGCACCCAGCCUUGUCCAGUCAACUAGACCAUGGCACUAAGUGCCUCAUCCAGUCUUUUCUUGAACACCUCCAGGGAUGGUGACUCCACCACCUCCCUGGGUAGCCCAUUCCAAUGCCAAUCACUCUCUCUAUGAAGAACUUCCUCCUAACAUCCAGCCUAUACUUCCCCUGACACAACUUGAGACUGUGUCCCCUUGUUCUGUUGCUGGUUGUCCGGGAGAAGAGACCAACCCCACCUGGGUACAGCCUCCCUUCAGGUAAUUGUAGACUCAGUUGAUCUCUUGAAGUCCCUUCCAACCCCUACCAGUCUAUGAUUCUAUGAUCUCACCAGCAGAGUGUGUGCCAAAGGCUAAAGCCCAGGCAGUAUUCCCUUCCCCAGAGCUGGGGACACACAAUGAGAUUCACCCACCUGAGCUGCAGCUUCCUUGUAGCCUGUGGUGCCAUUUACUUGGCCUGCAAAGAGGAGACACUGGAUGAGGCAGCACUUGAGGGAUGCAGUCAGUUGCUGAGGGUCUAAAUAAUCAUACUGCACCCUGCUGUGAGGCUAUGCAAGGAGAAAAUUAGAAAGGACAGAAGCCCAAUUGGAAAUUAAUUUGGCUUCAGUUGGUUGUAAGACUCAGCAGCAGUGGAAAGAAGAUUGGGAAGAUGUUCUAACAGGAGACAGGAAUGAGCCCAGGUGACAAUGUUUGCCAUCAUUUUGUAGGAUCUGCAUGCAAGCCUCCACAUCACCCUUAAUAUAUCUGUACUGCAAUGAGGAGAGGGCUAGAGGUUUUGCUUGCUACAUCUCUGCACUGCAGCAUGCCAGCUGGCUUCAAACCAUCCUCAGUCACAUGUGUUCAGUGGGAUGAGAUGUCUUUAGAGGCUAUAAUCCUAAUGGCUCUGCAGGUGGAGAGAGAAGUGUUUUAACAAUUCUGCAGAAAAAGCACAGGAUGAAUUUUCAGGAUUAAAACUGUAAAACUGAAAUAUAGGGAAAUACCCUUUGGUGUGAGGUACUAAAGCUAAAUAUUCUGUUCUCCUCCUCCAUUUCAGUCAGGAGUGGGGACCUUUUCUGUUGAAUCAAAAAGAAUUAUUUUCUGUUUCCUCCAUCCCUUUUCAGCUCCAGCUCCUAUUGUAAGCUGGAGAGUGAUGACUCAUUUAUUUAACCUUGAGUUUCCAUCCAUCACAUGCAUGGACUGUUUCAUUAUUCUCUGUUCUACUGGAGUACCAAAGUAGUUUACAGUAAUGGCCCAGUCUGGUGAUGACACUUAUCACAAGGCCAUGGUGUCCCAUUUAGGCUUAGAUGGGAGAAAUGCACAUAAACAAUGAUCCACUGGGCCACGAGCUCAGUCUUAGCUGAUCAUUAGGAUUUGAGGAACUGCUUUUGGGAGCUGCUGCAGAGGACUAAAGGUGAAAUCCUUGUUGCUUCCCAUAUUGACAGGGAACAAAGUGAAAAUGUUUGUUGUCUUUUUGAUUAUUUUAGGCUUUUCAGGGGAUUGAUUUCAUGUUGAUUUCAAGGGAAAGACAGGGAAUUGCAGUUUUCACAGUUUAUUUUCACAAUUUCUUAUUUUAUUUUCUUCUUUUUGAUUUUUUUUGUUGCUUUACACUCUUAAAGACAGCUUUAAGUAUACCCUAGCAGGUGACAGGAAAGAAGGAGAAAACAUUGGGAGUGGGCUGCUGAAAGGAAACAUUUUCACUUCUCUAAAAGAAAUUCAAGCUCAGUGAAGGCUGAGAAGUUUCUGCAUGGUGCAGUUAGUUUUUGCAGGAGCAUCUAUCGAGAAAACCAUUCUCAAUCCAAAAUUAUUCAAAGAAAGGGCACUACAAAGCAAACAAAAGCAGUCCAUGGAGUCAAAAUUGCAUAUGGAAAAAACCUGUCUGAUUCUAGAGUUGGCUUAUACUUAGUAUUCCAUGAGACUUAGUGGGUAUCACUGCUUCUCAGGGUAGUUUGUUACCCUGCUGUCUGGGCCAGAGGCUGCUCCAUGCACAUCUGGAAGGAGCUCUCUAGGAUGUAGUUGGGACUACAUUUGCCAGGUCAUACCUACUGCAUUAGGGGACAAUCAUGGCUGAUGGCAUCUGAAAAAGACUUUGUAUUCAUGGUUGAAAAUAUUUCUUUUAGGAUAUGAGAAAGGUGUAAAUACUGCAUCCAGGGAAGUACCCAGGCCUGUAUCUCUCCACGGGGCCUUUAUAAGGUUUGGAUUGGGCAACCAGCUCUGUCUGUCUCUUUUGGAAGUCACUGAGCUGUGGUCUCAGCACAAACUAGAGUAUUGGCUGCUUCUAUGUGUAUCUGUCAUACUGGGAAAUAACUUGCAAAUGGCAUUAGGGGCUUUUCCCCUGCAAGUUUUACCCCUGAGAAAAAUGUAACAGAAAUCUUUGAAGGUGCAGAUUAUUAUUUGCAUGAGUAAGGAGAGUAAGAGCUAAUGGUAUGAGCAGAAUGUAAUUAGCUCCCACCUUGUAGUUAUGUGUAAAGAGAAGAGAGAGAGAGAGACUUGGUCAGUGCCCGCUAUCACUGCCAGCCUUUCCCCCACAAUGGAUUCUACUGUAUAAGAUGUAGUUUAGGAGUACUGCAUGAGACCUGGAAGCCAGAUGCAGCUUUUGGCUCUGCGUGGCUGUACUUUUGAUGUGAGCACCCAAUAGAUCCUCUGCUUAGUUUAGCCUGUGUUUGAGCAGCCCAACAAUGUGCCCAGAAGGGUUGAAGGUGGGUGACUGGGACCUGCAGAGUUUUUCAGGUGCAGUUGCCACCAGGAAGAACAGGUGCAAGAAAGUGUGCAUUUCUUCUGGACUGAGCUUUGGUUUCAGGGAUGAGCAAAGGUGUGCUGUUGUCCUCUCUUUCCCUUCAGUUCUCACGCACAUUCCAGGUCUGACAAACCAAAGCAGAAUCCUCCAAUUCCUUCUGAUGUCAUUGGACAAUGCAUUAAGCCCAAAUCACCACCAUGUUUUUAAAGGAUUAAAUGAGGCAGACAAUUGCAAUACCUGUAUUAAACACAGUAAUACAAAUGCAUGACUCAUAUAUAUAUACAUAUAUAUAUAUAUACUGUUCUUGGUUUUAUUGUUCCAUUUGAAUAUUUCUACUGUAAAAAACAACAAAAAAAGGCAGUGGUUUUGAAAUUGUUGAAAAUAAAUGUAUUUUUGUACAUCAGA